GAUUGUUUUUUCCGAACUUGAUGCUUUAUCGAUAAAUGCCUUUUGGGGGCUUGCUGCAUACCAAAAAAAAUGUAGCAUUAAAAGUAUGACACUUAGCCAAAUAAUUUGAUUAUAAAAAAAUCACUUACCUACCUGGUCCCAUGCUUCGUUGCGUUACUAGCUAGACUUAAAUGAAACAAAAAUCCUUCCCACUUCACUCCUUCGGCACACUUUGUUGGUUGUUUGUUAUGCUUUUAGCAGUGCACUUCAAUGUAAGCGGUUAUUCGUUCACAAAGAGACAUUUUAAUUGUUUUUGGCACUCUCUUAAUAAUUGUAUAGCUGUUCCUAUGCCUUCGCCAAUCGCAUCCAAAAAAGCUCAUUACCACCCGGCAACCGUUAUCGAAAAGCGUAGGAACUACUAAAAGUUAAACCAUUCUUCGGAAACCACUUGACUUCGACGAUGGUGUGCUUGAGCAUUGGCGAUGAUACCUGUCCAGUCGAUAAGCAAUUCCAUUUUCUGCCGAAUAUUUGAUUUGACAAAUCGAGGGCAAACAUGUUUAAGCAAUGCAAACUUCACUCGGCCGUACCUACAUAUCCAAGGUACGGUACGACACAAGCAAAUGGCGAUGCGCUCUGAAGGUCAAGGAAAUAUGGAUGCGAGAGUGUUGAUGAAAAUCGCACUUUACCUAUCAUUCGUAUGUUUAUUUACACAUUCCGUUUGUUCUACUGAUCGCGGUAUAGAAUCAUUUCCAUGCCGUAAGGUGACAUGAUGGAGCGGAUGGGGGUUGUAGCAAAAAACGUACAACGAAGUCACCAUAAACAAUCGCAUCCAGAGAAAGAGAGAGAGCAGGAAUAAGAGAACAUCCUGCAGAGUGUGGCCGAUAAGCACUAGUAGUGAGAGCUUCGGGUGCGUCUGAGUAUCACCGUACGUCGGUUUUGUUCCAACGCACCAGUUGCAUAUGACAUUCGAUUCCCGACGGAAGGCUCAACAGCGCUUGUGGGUCGUGUGUUAUCCGCGUGCCCGUUCAUCGUAGUGCGCGUAUCUUAUCUUAGUGUUUUUAGUGUGACGGGAGUGUCAUGCUGAAGUGUGUCGCAACCGUUUCUGGUCACGCUCGAAAUGAUAAAUUGAUUCAGUGUUUGCUUUCGUACCGCCACCUCCCAUACAGUGCUUACCAGUGACGUAUAAUGAGAUAUUAAGCCACAACUAAUGAGAAGUAUAAGCCAGGCACUAAUUCGAACGGUGAUUUGUUAGUGAAACUAUUAAUUCAAGUGUGGAUACAUGCCUUAUGCCGUGUGCAAUUAAAGUGAGAAUCUUUUAAUGUUCGUUCCACGGCAAUACCCUAGAGAUCAAACGGUUCCCUAGGUACCUACGCGAUCGUUCCAUUCCAACAUCCUUCGGUUAUUAACCAAGUGUAAGCAAUUUCAAUGCUCCACGAAAAAGUUCGCUGUAAGAUUAGUGUGCAUGCUUGACUUUAAUCGAUUAUGUGUGACAAAGAAAAAACGGGCCCGAAACCAAGGUAUUUGUAACGAGUCGCUUCACAUUGAAAAGGCCUUUUCUGGUGCGUAUGAUGGCUUCCCUGCUUGUCCCUACCGAAAUGAGCAACAGUGAAGUUGUUUACAGAUAAUGCUCACAAUCGGAAUUGGCGUCGUGAAGCGUUGAUAAGAUUGUGGCGAUAUCUUGCGUCAAUUUGUUGGACGCCCAAAGAAUUUCUCGCACCCUUUUCUACAGAUUGCUGGGCGGUGUGUUUCUUGGCGCGGUUGGCAGUUUAGCAACAGCAACAACAAAAGCAACUACGCCACCACUGGCGCAUAACGUAAGAAAAGUUCAGCGAGUCCUUAUGUGUUACAACCUUCAAAGCAGAGUGCAUGAGCUGAGUGUGUUGCAAUAGUCGCCUGUCACGGAGCAAUUUGCACGAAUGAUAAGACACCUAAAGUCUAUAUGUAGCGUAACAGGAUCAACGCUACCGGUAGCCUAUCCACUUUAAAAUGACAUUUUAAUGGAGGCUUUCAGCAAAAGCUUCAAUUUUGUCUUCAUGGUCUGCGCAGUGCUGAACGUAGGAAAGGUUAGCGGCUCAGCAGAAAUUUACGGACUAAUGGUCAAACCGAUUCGUAGCGAUCAGGAUUUAAAGCUGCACGUCUGGUGGAACACAACGUUACCAGACAGUACCAACUAUCAUGUUACUGCAACGCAUAUCGAUUCAGAAACAUGUACCCUCAAGGAUAGUCCGUUCCAAAAUAAUAAGCUCAUAAAAUGUGCUCCAAUCGUUGCUAGCGCGAAAACUACCGAAGUUAUAAUACCGGAGAACGAUGACGGUUAUUAUAAGCAUAUCUGUCCGAUCCAGUCGCACUGUACCUAUUUGAUAGAGGUAGAGCCGAUGAGCUCUUCCUCGAAAAUAACGAAUAUAGUUCAAGUGCCCGAUUGCGUGGAAGGUUUAUGCUCAUGCUAUUACGCAGAACAUUUGCCCGCCCUCGUUAACACAUCCGCUGUUAUCAACAGAACCACCAGUCAGCUCAUCGUCAGCUGGGCGCUUGGUACAUUCGACGAAACGGAUCUACCGGAGAAUGUUACCCUGAAAGCGAUCCACAUCGGCGUGCGACGUGGAACGAAUAACGAUCUUGGAUGGGGUGGUCUACAUUCCAGCAUGAAGGAAUUAGCUCUCCCCAUUGGCACCGGUACGCACAGCUUCGAUAUCAAUGAAUUCGCCGGCAGCAAAUUUAUCUUCGUAAUACAGCUGAAAGUAAUAGAUACAAGAGACUGCGAACAUGCUGCUGUACCAUUGCGUGUAACACUCCCCGAUUCCGCACAACGGUUGCACAAUACAACUGUGGGUUCUAAAGUAACGUGUACGAAUGAUACAGUUUGCGAAUGUAACCGUUUGAGUAAUUUUCCCGAUUUUCUGCUUGUUGCACGCCUCGAAGGGUCGGCAAUAGUAGUAACAUGGCGUCCAUUAAAAACGGUUACCUGGCAUCAGACAUCGAUAAACGAUAUAGUUGGACUGUCACUAGCAAUCCAAGCGGAAGAAACUGGCACACUACUUUGCUCUGUCAUCGUGGAUCCCACGACCAGUAAUACCCACACGUUUUUUGUGGAUGAAUUCGCCCCGAACCAUGGUGCCAGCUUUCUGCUAACGUCUGCCUUCGUUGAUGCUAACAAUUAUUGUGAACGAACAAUGCCCACGUACAAGUUUCAAACCCCUCCCUCUAAGUCUAUUUUGCUGCCAAUAUUAUUCGCACUACUCGCAGUGUCAAUUGCGGUAGCGAUCGCUAGCUGUAUAUUUAUCUAUUACAAACGUCGUACAAAAUUCCGAUGGAAAGCCAACAAUUGGAGAGGAGUCUAUGUCCGCUCUAGUGGGGAUCAUCAUCCGCAGGUAGCAAUGGAGGAAAAUCGAUUGUACGUAGAUAUGGAAAUUUUGAAUGCCCGCGCACGGGGUGAUGCUGAUUAUUUGGAAGUUCCGCAUUCCUGUCUCCGAAUUGGACGCGAGAUUGGAAAAGGAGCGUUCGGACGCGUGUUCAUGGCUAGCGCUGUUAAGUUACCUGGUUUGAACGGUCCAAAAAUCGUUGCAAUCAAACAGCUAAAAAAAUGUUCAUCGAGCGAUGAGUUUGAUGAGUUUCUCGAUGAAAUCACAAUGAUGAAAAAGGUUGGCAAACACCCUAACAUCGUUGCACUGCUUGGAUGCUGCACCAUCAAAGAGCCACUUACGAUGAUAAUGGAGUACGUUGGCUGUGGCGAUCUGCUGGAGUAUCUUCGAAAAAUCCGUGCAAAACAUUUAGCAAAAGUUCAUCAGUUGGAAGUAAGCUCGCAGUUGGAAAAUGCCAGCGCGGUUCAAAGUACAACUCCGGUCAGCAAUAUUUUUGGUCCCAUGGUGAAAUAUCUGGACCUGUUGCAUACGUCCAGUUCUACUUCGGACGCAUCGUAUAUAACGCAAACGGAUACCGCAACCCGACCAUCGGUAACGGAAACUACCUACACCAUGCUGAGUGGCACAAUGGGUGAUGAGGACAAUAGUUCAACGCUCGGUAGCUGUUCGCUAGAGUACGUGCUCGAUCACAAGGAAUUGCAUAAUUUUGCGAAACAAAUUGCCUUCGGUAUGGAACAUUUAGAGGAACUUCAGAUCACUCACCGUGAUUUGGCCGCACGCAACAUUUUGAUCGACGAACGGAAAACGCUCAAGAUAUCGGAUUUCGGUUUAUCCCGCACCGGGAUCUACGUCAACACCAGGAACAAAAAGGUCCCGUUGCGUUGGCUGUCGAUCGAAGCGAUGCGGGAUAAUCUGUAUUCGAACAAGAGUGACGUCUGGGCGUUUGGAAUCGUGCUCUGGGAAAUCGGCACACUAGGUGGUUACCCAUAUCCUUCCGUGAGCAACCACGAGCUAUUUGCCUAUCUGCAGGAAGGCAAACGAUUGGAACGGCCGGAAAACUGCACAGCCGAGGUGUACGAUCUGAUGCUACAAUGUUGGCGUGAAGACCCGAACGAGCGACCAUCGUUCAAGCAGAUAUCGAAGCACUUGCAGCCACACAAAAAAAUAUACAUUGAUUUCAAUGAAAUCGAACCGACAUACGUAUUCCCACCGACCAGUGAUCAAUUACGAUUGGCCAUAGCAAACAAUAAAUGAAAUCCUUGACUAACCACUAAGGUGACAUCUUGUUCCCGUUGUAUGUA